AUGAGCUGGCUUGCCAGAGUCCUACUGACCAGCCAGAGGAUGGGAGCCCAGAGCGCGCGUUCCCUGUGCCCGAGGAUGGCUCUUCGCGUUGGCCAGGCGGCUUGCAACUUGCCCCGGGGCGGCUGGUCCUCCCCGCCUGUUUCCAAGAUGGCGACUGUUAAGCAUGAACUUAUUAAGAAUUUCACUUCGGAGGAAGCCAUUCAUCACAACAAGGUCUCCAUUAUAGGAACUGGGUCUGUUGGUAUGGCCUGUGCUCUCAACAUCUUAUUAAAAGGUUUGAGUGAUGAACUUGCCCUUGUGGAUGCUGAUGAAGGCAAACUGAAGGGUGAGACAAUGGAUCUUCAACAUGGCAGUCCUUUUAUGAAAAUGCCAAAUAUUGUCUCCAGCAAAGAUUACCUUGUCACUGCAAACUCCGAUUUAGUGAUUAUCACAGCAGGUGUACGCCAGAUAAAAGGAGAAACACGCCUUGAUUUAGUCGAGCGAAAUGUGUCAGUCUUUAAAUUAAUGAUUCCCAGUAUUAUCCAAUACAGUCCCUGGUGCAAAAUGAUUAUUGUUACCAAUCCAGUGGAUAUCUUAACUUACGUAGCCUGGAAGUUGAGUGCAUUUCCCAAAAACCGUGUGAUUGGAAGUGGCUGUAAUCUGGACACUGCCCGUUUCCGUUACUUUAUUGGACAAAGGCUUGGUAUCCACUCCGAGAGCUGUCAUGGGCUGGUCCUUGGAGAGCACGGAGACUCAAGUGUUCCUAUAUGGAGUGGAGUUAACAUUGCUGGUGUCCCUCUGAAGGAUCUGAAUCCAGAUAUAGGAACUGAUAAAGAUCCUGAGCAGUGGGAAAAUGUCCACAAAAAAGUGGUUUCCAGUGGCUAUGAGAUGCUUAAAAUGAAAGGUUAUACUUCUUGGGGUGUCAGCCUAUCUGUAGCUGAUUUAACUGAAAGUAUUUUGAAGAAUCUUAGGCGAGUGCAUCCAGUUUCCACCCUAAGUAAGGGCCUCUAUGGAAUAAAUGAAGAAAUAUUCCUUAGUGUUCCAUGUAUCUUGGGAGAGAAUGGUAUCACAGAUCUUAUAAAGUUAAAGCUGACCCCUGAAGAGGAGGCCCGUUUGCAAAAGAGUGCAGAUACCCUUUGGGAAAUUCAGAAGCGGCUCAAGCUUUAA